ACCCUCGUUCACUCGGGGCUAGCCGGCUCCCAGUCACCCUCCUUCACUCGGGGCUAGCCGCGUGGCCAUGGCUCUGAGUGUGUCUGCUUAACGAGUUUAACGAUCGUGCUGUGCAGUUUUUGGUUGUCCCGAUAAAUUCGAUAAAACGCCUCCUCGUUCGAGACAUUCCUCGUCAUGCGAAGACCCCGGUCCCACCGGAACGUCGGACAGGCCGAUGAGCAAACUCCUCCUUCGUAGCCCCGCACGUGAAGACAAACAGGUCCGCAGUGGUGGCGCAGUCGCGGCCACGCGACUCGAAGCACGGCCCGGAGCGGAGCCCGCGGUGAGCGCCGCGCUCCUUCGUCGGAUGAGGAAAUCGCGAAACGAGGACCAACUCCCUCGCGAAGCCCUCCUCGACGUGCCCCGCGGGACUCGACGUUUCGCAGCGAGCUCUCGGACACAUUGCUCCGUCGUGCCAUUGAACAAGCACGGGAACUGCUGCGUGAUGCGCGUGGCUCCACCUCGGGGUUAGUGCUGCUUAUCGCAGUCUCCCAGGCGCCGCCCUCUGCACGGGAACCGCCCUGCUUCCUGAUACCCCUGCUGCCACAGCCGCCGGCUGCUGCUGUCGACCCUGCUGCCCCUGCCCACCCUGCUGCCUCUGCUGCCUCUGCUGCUGCCCCUGCGGCCUCUGCUGCCCCCGUCCCAUCCGCGAUGUGGUCCCUCGGUGGCCCCGGCAUGGCGCUGCUGGCCGCGGCCGCGACGCUGACGGUGGCGGCCGCCGCGUGGAGAGCGGCGAGGAGGAGGCGCGGCCCUCCGGGACAGACUCAAGAUGAGGACGACCAGAGCAGCAAAUCACCAAAAGACAGCAAGUACAGCCCUGCAUCGGACCAGCGACAGGACAGCCAACCCACGCUGGACAGCAGUCCAGUAGUCCAAGCAUCGUCCAGCAAAGCAGCGCUGAAGAGGAGACCACUCAACCAUGCAGGCGGGAGCCACUCUGCAGCGCAGGGCGACUUAUUAACCCAACGAGCGGGUGGCAGCUUGUUAAACCAAACCGGAGAGAACAAAACAUCCAUGGAACGCAGAGCAGAAAACCUCGCGGAGACCGAGUCGAAGCCGGAAUGCGGCGGUGCUGACUGGCGAAGGCAGAGAGGGUCAUUGGGGGCGGAGAGCGGCAAGGAGUGGCAGUUACCGCAGAGUAAUGAAGUGCCACGGGGCGACCACACGACUCAGCAGCUGCCGGUCAGCAGAAUAUUGCCACCGAGACACAGCGCAGAGGAGCUGGAGAACAGCAGCUCAGAGCAGCUGAAGAACAUCAGUUCUGAACAGCUGGAGAACAGCAUCUCGGAACAGCUGGAGAACAGCAUCUCGGAACAGCUGGAGAAUAGCAGUUCUGAACAGCUGAAGAACAUCAGUUCUGAACAGCUGGAGAACAGCAGCUCGGAACAGCUGGAGAACAGUAGCUCAGAGCAGCUGGAGAACAGCAGUUCUGAACAGCUGGAGAACAGCAGCUCAGAGCAGCUGAAGAACAGCAUCUCGGAACAGCUGAAGAACAGCAGCUCGGAACAGCUGGAGAACAGCAGCUCAAAGCAGCUGGAGAACAGCAGUUCUGAACAGCUGGAGAAUAGCAGUUCUGAACAGCUGGAGAACAUCAGUACUGAACAGCUGGAGAACAUCAGUUCUGAACAGCUGGAGAACAGCAGCUCAGAACAGCUGGAGAAUAGCAGUUCUGAACAGCUGGAGAACAUCAGUUUUGAACAGCUGAAGAACAGCAUCUCGGAACAACUGGAGAAUAGCAGUUCUGAACAGCUGGAGAACAGCAGUUCUGAACAGCUGAAGAACAGCAGUUCUGAACAGCUGGAGAACAGCAGCUUGGAACAGCUGAAGAACAGCAGCUCGGAACAGCUGAAGAACAGCAGCUUGGAACAGCUGAAGAACAUCAGUUCUAAACAGCUGGAGAACAGCAGCUCGGAACACCUGGAGAACAGCAGUUCUGAACAGCUGGAGAACUGCAGCAUAGAGCAGUUAGAAAACAGCAGUACAGAGCAGCUGGAGCAGAGCAGCUCAGAACAGCUUGAGCAGAGCAGCACAGAACAGCUAGAGAACAGCAGCACGGAACAGUUUGAGCAGAGCAGCUCGGAGCAGCUUGAGCAGAACAGCACAGAACAGCACAACAGCAUGGAACAGCUUGAGCAGAGCAGCUCGGACCAGCUUGAGCAGAACAGCACAGAACAGCUUGAGCAGAGCAGUACAGAACAGCAGAGCAGCACGAAACAUCUAGAGAACAGCAGCUCGGAACAGCUAGAGAACAGCAGCACAGAACAGCUUGAGCAGAGCAGCACAGAACAGCUUGAGCAGAAAAGCACAGAACACAUAGAGAACAGCAGCACAGAACAGCUUGAGCACAGCAGCUCAGAACAGUUUGAGCAGAGCAGCACAGAACAGCUUGAGCAGAAAAGCACAGAACACAUAGAGAACAGCAGCACGGAACAGCUAGAGCAGAGCAGCUCGGAGCAGCUUGAGCAGAGCAGCACAGAACAGCAGAGCAGCUCAGAACAGCAGAGCAGCACGAAACAUCUAGAGAACAGCAGCUCGGAACAGCUAGAGAACAGCAGCUCGGAACAGCUAGAGAACAGCAGCACAGAACAGCAGAGCAGCACGGAACAGCUUGAGCAGAGCAGCUCAGAACAGUUUGAGCAGAACAGCUCAGAACAGCACAGUGGCACGGAACAGCUAGAGAACAGCAGCACAGAACAUCAGAGCAGCACGGAACAGCUAGAGAACAGUGUAGAACAGUUGGCGAGCAGUGCAACAAUAAUGGAGGGUCGCACAACAACAGAUCCAUUAACGCAGCACAGCGGUGCAGUUGUGGAGCUUCAAGCAGAGCAGCGAGAGCAGAGCGAAACGCCACUGGACUGCACCGGGGACCUGCUACAGGAGGGGAGGACGGGGCGCGUGGUGGAGGGGCCGCAGGUCCGCACCGAGGCACAGACCGCCGAGAGCGCCGAGCCCACGGGCGACGGGGCGGCCCCGGCGCGGAAGGGCGGCACGGUGUUGGUGCUGGGUCUGGACGGAGCCGGCAAGACGAGCCUGCUGGAGGCGCUGGCGAUGCAGCCCUAUGCCGGGAGCCCGGCCCCGCAGUCCAAGCCGGCGCCCACGCAGGGCACGCACACGGUGUGCGUGCACCACGCGGAGCAGCACAGCACCAAGUAUCUGGAGGUUGGGGGAAGCGAAGACCUGCGGCCCCACUGGCAGCGCUACUUACAGAACGUGGACGUGAUGCUGUUUGUGGUGGACUGUGCGGACCACGCGCGCCUCCCGCUCGCUCGAGAGGAGCUGCAGAAACUGAUGCAGGCGGCGUCCGGCCUGAACAUCCCUACCAUCGUCCUGGCCCACAAGCAGGACGUGGCGGGCGCGUGCGACGUCGCGGCUCUCUACACCGCGCUGGCCCUCGACUCGGACGAGCAGCGUCAGCGGGUGGGCAGCCUCUUCGUGCUGCCCACUCGCCUGCCUUCCCCCGACAUCGUGGACGUCUCCCUCCUCAUACAGUUCGUCUUGGAGGGAGACGUCAAGUCAACGAUUCCGAUGCAUAGCUCCAACCCGCUUCUGUAAACGAUAAAGCGGCUGGAUGCUUUCCAACGCCCGUCGCAGGUCUCCGGCACCGAUUAUAAUUGCCGCCGUUGCGGGUUGUGUAGUCCCCUGGCAAGCGCUGUCUUGUGCCUUAGCCGAGGUGACUGGGUUCCUGCGCCCUUGUGAUGGGUCUGGGGGUGAAACCCGCAGCUUUGGAAGGGGCUGAGCCCCCCCCCCCCCCCACACCCCCCACCUUGCUGAACUUUAGCUGAACAUCCGUUUAAGAUUUAACACCGACCUUGUCGUGCUCCCCCUGUGCUUUUGGGUGCCAUCCACACCCCCCCCCCCCCCCUUGUGAGAGUGCCGUGCUAGACGUGUGGGCGGCGUCGAGGUGACUACUCACGCAAGGCGUCGUGGCGUUGUGGCAUCGUGGCGUCGUGGCGUCGUGGCGUUGUGGCGUCGUGGCGUCGGGCCCGAGCGUUGAGGCUGCGACGGAAGCGUCGCCGGGCCUCCGUGCGGUGCAGUCGUUGAGGUGAAACGAGUCGGGAGACUGGCAGUGUCUCUCUUCAAGUUACAAUCACCGUGUUUGCCCGUUCGACGGUAUUGACUGUUCAUGCAAUACGCGCAGAGUCGCAUCAGGCUGAUGUCGCUAGAAGGCGCUAUUGCGCCGCUUCUGAAACUCGCGCUUUGGCAAGAAGUACUGUUUUCUCAUUCACAGAGCGUUGGACUUAUCAGACGGCUAAGGGCUUGCACCGACCAUGCAUAGCAACUGGUUGUUCUUGAGUUCAGUCUUAAAGCGAUAUAUUUUUUUAAACCCAGAUGUCUACAGCUUUGGUUCGAGUGCUUUAUUCGCAACCUGAAUACUUCAAGUUCAAACUCGGCUCAGAGUUCGCCUCGGCCCAUCAUCAGCCCAUCGUGGUCAAUAACGUGACGUCCUGCGCCAGGACACGAAUGGGCGUGGUAUCGUGGAGGUGACCGGCCAUGGGAAUGUGGAAUUUCCAGUGUUAGCUCGGCGGGCGCCAACAGAGGGAGCACUUGCACGUCGGAGCAGGGAGGCAGCGGCUUUUUGUUUGUUUCCAUGCGUACGCGUUUGGUUGAAGUGCACUGCAGGUUUCUAUUGUUCCGUGUGCGUUUUCCCAGAUGCAGACACGAUCACAGUCUGUGCGGGCGUUGGCCAAUCCACUCUGUAAUCCAUGCCACGCCAAUACAUGUGCCACAAAUGCAAUGAAUGUGUUAAGUUAUGGGUCGCUGUGCUGUGCUGUGUAUGCUUUCGGGUCACACUUACAGUUCGGAAUUGUUUCGGGUUGUUCGUUGCGGACUGUGUAAUGUUACUUUGAAGGGAGGGAGAUGGAGCUUUGAACCCAGUAUCUCGACAGCGCUCCGAGCUAUGACAACGAAUACACAGCGGUGCUCCUAUAGCUCCGUCGUGGCCCAAUCCAAACCCGCGGUGAAUGCAUCGGCAGUAGUGGCGUGUUUAUAAUUCUCUUCCUAAGGUCGGUUAAUAAACUGUUUUGUACAUGGACGGAGAGCACAUUACCUUGGCACCGAUGAAGAGUACAUUGCCGUGCCUUCUAGACCCUGCAGCAGCAACGUCUCACGGUGUUGAGUUUGUGUUUGUUAUGAUGAACAAUUGUACGCUCACAGUGGCCAAAUAAAAUAAAUGUUGACUUUCUAAAGAUUGUUUCCCUCUUUAACAACAAUGC